GCUCUGUUCUGUGAUCAUGGCUGCACCGGACCACACCAGCCAUGUUUGCUAAUUUAAAACCCAAAGGUUAGGGGAAUAGUUGUUUAUUAUUUAUCGCCUUGCCAUCUUCACCCGCACAUCCGUUAAGAAGAACGUUUAGAGACACCUGCGCCUUCGGGACCCGAGGACUGAAAGAUGGAUUCAAAUAAUCAUUUCAACUAUGGCACUCACUCUUCAGCAAACUCAGGACUGAAACUCUCCUCAGGGGAUUCUCUUUAUACUAACGGGUCCUCCAUGAGUUUUCCUCAGCAGGGGAAGAAUAUGAAUGGCGAAAUGAAUGUGAAUGGCGUCACUACUGUACUCGGAUCCAGUGUCCCUGGUUCCCACCCACCAUCGGCCCCUUAUCCACACUUGAGCAACCACCACCAGAGCAGCGUGGGCUAUGACUACUUGUGGGGAGGGCACCCUCAGUAUGGCCCAGCUGUGAGCAACUCUCCUGCGCAUGGGAUGCAUCAGAAGCAGUCUACACCUGGGAUGGUUCAGCCUCAGUCACAGCAUCAGUUCCAGGGUCAUGGACAGUACCAGCUGAAUGGGGGGAUAGAAAGCUCCCAUCAGGCCCCUGUUUCAGGCCCAGCGAACAUGCCUCUCACGGGGAACCAGUACUGGAACAGGAGUAACCCUGGCACCCAGCAGAUGAGUUAUAAUUCCCAUGGCAUGUAUGGGACCUACCAGAGUCAAGCACAUCCUGGGAUUACACCACCACAGCAUCACCAGCAGCAGUCCUUACAGGCAACCCCUCAUCAGGCAUCACAACAACACUUCCAUUCCUCCCAGCCUCUCCCACACCACCGCCACCAGCAGCACCAGCAACCACAGCAUUACGGCAUGAUGCCGAAUGGGAUGCCGUAUUACCAGCAUCAGCACCCGUCCCUGUCAUCACCCCAGCAGCAGCAGCAGCAGCCGCCACCACAACAGCAAACUCAGCCACAAGCCCAGGCUCAGAUGAUGCCUCCAGCUUCUCAGAAUUUCACUCCUCCACGUGGCAGCCCUCAGCACCACAGCUUAGGCAGAGGGAGCACUGGCAGCCCUCUGCCCGUGGGGAUGUCCUCAGCACAAAUGAUGUCACCAUCAGCUGUGCAGGAUAGUGGAUCUCCAAAGGGCCACAGCAGGGAACGGAGCCCCCACUCUAGCAAUGUGGGGAUGUCCUCUCCAAUGCAAGGGCAUACGAGGGAAACUGUCAGGGAGGUAGACACAAGCUACAACGGCAGUGAUAGGUCACCUGUUGCCCAGAGGCUACCCAAGACUGAUAGUCACCAAUCCAAACCUCCUGCUGCUCAUGUGGGUCCUCCGAGUGAUUAUCGUCAGCUUUCGGAACAGCCAGCAGCUCAGCGCCCAGAAAUGUCUUCCCCAGUCAGAGAUCCAGCUGUUAACCCACCUCCUCAGUCGCAGCUCUCUGUGGCUACAGCAAAUACAUCUGUUUCUUUAACCAAGUCCUCAACACCACCUCAGGUGUCUGCAGCUCCUGCUUUCUCUGGAUCUCCUACAUCUGAGGCUGGACCCACUAUAAUUUCGUCUCCUGAUGUAGAAUCUACUUCACCACAAAUAUCAACACCUCCCAGUGUAUCCUUUGCCCCAUCUCCAACAGCUGCUCCCAGGCUCUCUUCUCCUCCCCUGAUGGUUCAAGGCCUCAGGCCUCCCCCUCCUGGCAUGAGUGAUAUAUCACCUGCAGGAUUCAAGCAUCUGUUAGUGGGGUCUUCAUCCACCUCAUCGCUUCCUGUAUCACCUUCAAAGCUGUCUACACCUCUUGCUUCGACUGAUAGUUUGUCUAGACCUGCAGCAGUUUCUUCAGUCUCUUCAUCAUUGGAGUCUGCAUUUCAUCAAAAGCCUGCAACUGUUUCUGGACUUCCUGUACAACAGUCGCCUCCUUCCAUAGUGUCUGCAUCUACUUACUCUGAACCCAGCUUGUUGGUUGAGAGGCAAAUGGUUCAAGAAUCUAAGCCACCUUUGAUGCCACCACGUUUCUCUGAUGCAUCUGGAGGUCAACAUGAAAAGCCUGGACCCCCAAAACUGAUUUCUGACUCUGUGGCUGCAAAUUCCUUAUCUGGCGGUUUAGCUCCAUCUCAGAUGUCUUUAUUGGGACCUUCAACCUUGACACCACCUGGCCCUUGCUCAUUGCCAUCUGCAUCACCCUCUUCAGUGGAAAAAACUCCUCUAGUUGGCAGUGAACCAGCAUUCACACUGCAGGGUCAGAAAUACACUCCUCAAGCUGUUGAUUUGGGUCUUUCCAUUGCUUCAUCACCACCAGGGGGCAUGAAUUUGCCCUCGAUCACUGACCAUGUAAGUCCUACAGUGAGACCUCUGUCUACCCUACCUCUUCUAACCACUCAAGCCUCCAGGACUGCACCCCUACCCAGCCCUCCUGCCUUGGUGUCUGUUCCUCCUGUAACGGGUACAUCUUCUGGAGUGGUCCAAAGUUCUGACCUUGAGCGACAUCCUCCUAACACCGCUCCUCCUCGUGUGCUAAAGCAGUCACCUUCCAAGUCUGAGCACCAUGGCCAUUGUGAGGACAGGAAAGCACUAGCUGAUAAAAGAAAUGAAAACGCAGAGGAACACCUCCCUUUGCUUGAUUCAGGCCUGGUAAGGAUGCCACAGCUGGAAGCACCUGAGAGUCAUAAAUCUGAAAGUCAGCCACCCAAAUCCCUCUCUGAGCUUCCUGGGAAAACUUUACAAACCACACUCGCUCCUGAUCAAAAGCCCAAGAAUGGGCAAACAGAUUCUGAAAAUCACCACAUGCCAAGUGAUGUCUGGGCAGCAGAGGACUGCACGAUAGACCAAGCUCCUCUCAGAAAGUCUCCAUACCUUAGCAGGACAAGCUUUGCAAACUCUUCGCAUCCGGCCUCUCAGUAUGACGGCAAUUCAACCUGCAACACCCCCUCUGGAAUCAGUGUCGACUCUACUUUAGAAAAGACCUCUCUUUUAGGCGGUGAUAGCUCAUGGAUAGAGGACUCGACUCACUUUGACAACAGCUUUCACGUGAGAAAGGGCAAUUCUCAGUUUGACAACACUUCCUGCGCAGAAGAGGAGCCAUCUAGUAUAUUUGACAACUCUGUAGAUAGCAGCUUUUCUGUGGAAGACUCCAGAGACAACACAUUAGACUCCACCAGGGAAGGAGAGACCUCAGAAGCAGAAGAAACCAGGAACGGCUGCGAAAUUACAGGAGAAUCAGUGAUGGAGUCUUCUCUAGACAACACCUCUCAGACUGAAGAGCCUCCUGUUGAUUUGAGUGAUGUGUCCAACACACACUUGUUUGUGUCAUCUCAGCAAGGACCUGAAGCAGGCUGGGAUCCCAGAGGACAUGAUACACCAGACUCAUCUGGAGGCAUUAAUACUAAAAUCGCUGCUGAUGACACAAUGACACCACCAAGUUUCAAGAUGAGAGAUGAGAACUUCAUCGCCUUCAGUACCCCAGCACAGAGCCCUGCUGUACACCCACUCCAACAAGUUACUGAUCAGACUUUGCCAGCUGCCGGAGGAAAUCUGAAAACCCCAGGGAAACCACGCAAACCUCGAACUACUAAGGCAAUAUGGAUUAAACCUGCAGCUCCAGAGGAGGUCCAGCCGAAGCCUCGGGGUCGAACCCCAAAGGUGGAGAAAAUGAAGUCUAACGAACAGGAAGGGACUAAUGUGGAGCCAGCUAAGGGCAGAAAGAGAAAGAAGUCUCUAAAGGUUGAUGCGCACGAAACAUCUGGGGAGGCUGGGCCUUCCACAGAAGAGGUUGAUCCAAUAACAGCCACGAUUGACGCUGUUUUGGCCAACGCUUCAUCUAUCAGCCCAACAGUCGAGAAAGCCAAGAAGAUGAAAAGGGUGAAGAAACAAGAUGCAGAAACAGCUGGUGAUGAUGCUGAUGAAAACGACGACAGCUCCACUGCAGGUGAAUCUGGCAGACGAAGAGUGGCAACAGAGGAGCAGGUCCAGUUCCCUCUGCUGCACGGUUGGAAGAGAGAGAUUCGUGUGAAGAAAAUGGAGAACCGGAUGAAGGGCGAAACUUGGUACUAUACUCCUUGUGGAAGGAGGAUGAAACAGUUUCCAGAAAUUAUCAAGUACUUGAAGAAACACACAGACAGUGUGGUCACGCGAGAACACUUCAGCUUCAGUCCACGCAUGCCUGUUGGAGACUUCUACGAAGAGAGAGAAACUCCCGAGGGUGUGAAGUGGGUCCUUCUGGCUAAUGAGGAAGUUCCCUCUAUGAUCAUGGCCAUCACUGGUCGUCGUGGUCGACCUCCAAAUCCCGAUAAAGAAAAACCUCGCAGGGUUCGUGCGGUAAAGGGAGGACAGGUCCGUCGCCCCGGUAGACCUCCUAAACCGAAGAUGAUUGAUUUCCUUAGCAAGGUUGAUGCCAAGCUGCUUAAACGACUUGAAGCCAAGGAAGCUCUCACAGAGGAGGAAAAGGAGAAAUUGGCUAAAAUCAAAAAGAAAAUGAAAAGAAAGGCAAGAAUGAAAAGAAGGGAGGAUGCAAAGAUUAAGAAAAUGAGAGAUGAAAAAAAGAGAGCAAAGCUCGAGCAAGAGGCCCAGCACCUAGAGGCAAAGGCUGAACCAACUGACCCAUCAGCGCCACAGGCUUCACAGCCGGCAUCAGAGUCUGCUGCAGAGCCUAAGAAUCUCGGCCGGAGGAGGUCAAUUAAGGUUGAGCCCACCCCACCGGUUCAGCAGACUGACACGGAAAGGGUGGCCCAGGGUAAGAGGGUGCUGGGGGCUCGGAGUAAAGCCAAGGCCCUGGCUAAAGCUCAGGCGGAGGCAGAGGCUGCAGCUCAGGCUGUUCUGGCUGCUAAGAGGGCAGCAGAGCGGAGAGCACAGGCCCAGCGACGGAUGGAGGAGCGGAAGAGGCAGCAGUUGAUAGCCGAAGAGCUGAAGAAGCCCACAGAGGAUAUGUGUCUCACUGAUCACAAACCCCUCCCGGAGCUGUCCCGUAUUCCUGGUGUGGUGCUUUCUGGAACAGCUUUUGCUCACUGUCUGGCUGUGGUAGAGUUCUUACACGGGUAUGGAAAGGUGAUCGGUCUCAACAUACCCAAGGACAUCCCCAGCCUUGCUACCCUGCAGGAAGGCCUCCUGGGCCUGGGUGACAGCCAAGGAGAGCUGCAGGAUCUACUGAUAAAGCUGGUGGAGGCUGCACUACAUGAUCCAGGCCUACCAUCGUAUUAUCAGUCGGUAAAGAUCCUUGGGGAAAAGCUGGUUGAGUUGGAGCUGAGCCGCAGCACAGUUUCAGAAGUACUUCGCAUUUUUUUGGAAGCUCAUGGCUAUGAGACAGAAGUGUGCAACACCCUGAGAACCAAACCAUUUCACGCCCUGCCUCCUGACACCAAGGCAGCCAUCCUGGGUUUCCUUGUGGAAGAGCUUAACAGCAGUAACACUGUGAUCAAUGAUAUUGACAACACAGUGGAGAAUAUGACAACCUACAGGAAGAACAAGUGGAUCAUUGAGGGGAAACUCCGAAAGCUGAAGGCGGUGCUAUCACGUCGUACAGGACGCUCAGAGGAAGAGCUGUGUUUUGAGGAGAGGAGGCGUAGUGCAAGAGUAGCUGAGGAGGAGAACCUCAGCCUGGAGGAGAGUGGUGUAAUCCUUGAGAGAGGGAACCGCCGUGCACGCAAAGAAGAACCCAAACUCAGUGAUAGCGAGAGCCCUACCAAUGCUAGCAUUCCAGAGCUUGAAAGGCAGAUAGAUAAGCUAACUAAGCGCCAAGCGUUUUUCCGUAAAAAGCUGCUACAGUCAUCUCAUUCCAUGCGGGCCAUACUGCUGGGGCAGGACCGUUACCGGCGCAGAUAUUUGGCCCUACCUCACCUUGGAGGAGUUCUCGUCGAGGGCCCUGAAGAGCUGCUGACUUCUGGAGAAGUCCUUAUAGCGGAGGUGCCUGUCACCUUCCUUAAAAAAGAGCCCAAAAAGGAGCCCAAAGUUGAGGAAGCUCCCUUACCAACCACUCCUCCUCCUACUCUGCCUUCCUCUCCGACUUCUGCGACCCCAGGCCAGGCCCAGACCUUCUCUGCGGAGGAGGAGGAUCCCCUCCCGGGCACUGCAUCCCUCAUGAGCAGGCCGAGAGGACGCGGACGUCCCCGGAAAAUCAAACCUGAAGUUGAGCUUCACCUCCGCACAGCAAAAAUCCGCCGCCGGCGUAGAAGUAGCGUCAGGUCCCGGAGUGAGGAAGGGCCAGGAUCACCAAAUAGCGGGACACAAGACCUCACACAAGCGGCUUUCCAGAGCUGGCUCAGCCAAUCACAGGAAGCAGUGAUGAAUGGCACAUGCUCAUCAGCAGGGGAAGCUCCAGAGGGUAAUCGACCGGAGGAGAGUGUUAAAGAGAUGGCAGAGAAGCAAGGACAGUGGUUCAACCUGCUCCCCAAACAACCGUGUGAUGAUAACUCUCUGACUGAGCUCCAGACGCCCACUUCACCCAGCUCACCCCCCAAACUUCUCCCGCAGAUCCCGAGUGCUCUGUCUGCACUUACUGCUCCACUCGUGCAGCCGGACCCACUUUUGCCUUGCCUACCUCCUGCUGACCCUGUGGUUCCAGCACCACCAGCACUACAGGACAUUCCACCUACAGGCCCUGGUUGUGCUGUCCCAGCCAGUUCUCCACCAACAAACCCUCAGCUCCUUCCAACUCCCAAUCUUCCAGCUCCAUCCACUCCUGCCACACCUGCCAGACCAGCUCGCAGGCGAAGGAGAGGCAGCAGAGGGAGCAGUCCUGCCCGCAGAGGGCCCCGUGGAGCUGCAGCAAAACGCCGCGGCCGCCCACCAAACUCAGUUUUCCAGGAGCUUGAACAGCAGUACUUCACACAGCUAGUGGUCAAGCCUAUCCCAGCAUCAAUGGUGCGUGGCUGGUGGUGGAUCAAGACCCCAGAGGAACUGUUUAUCACCUUGCAGUCCCUCCAUCCAAGAGGCAUCAGGGAGAAGGUGCUCCAUAAGCAUUUAGCCAAACACAUGGAGAGCUUGGCCGAGAUAUGCACCAAACCGAUUAACGACCCAAUCUUUGAGUUGAAGGUAGAAGAGAAGGAUGCUCUGCUAGAGGCUCUGCAGCAGCCCUGGCAAGUGCAGGAGAAAACAGUGGAGACAGACAUCAGCGCACUACAGUGGGUGGAGGACCUGGAACAGCGGGUUAUUGCUGCUGACCUCCAUUUGAAGGCACUUCCUCAGAGCGCUAUGACCGAUGCUGAAACAACCACAGACGCACCAAUGGCCGAAUUUCAGCCCUACACAAUCCCAGAUCCAGACUCCACACGCGAUGACCUCCAAUACUACGAACAUGACGCUGACCCACGUGACGACUGGAUCGUGCGAACCAAGAAGGAGUGGUCUGGCUUGCCGCGAAUCGCCACACACCCGCUGGACCUGGGCGUGCUGCGGCUAGCCAACCUCGAGCGAAACAUCGAGAGACGCUACCUGAAGGAGCCGCUCUGGAACCCCGCAGAAGUGAUGCGCCUCGCUCCUCUCACUCCCACACCUGGAGAGGAGCAUCCCAUGGAUGUCAUCAGUCUGGAAAGUGAAAUCACGUCUCGACUGCGGACAUGGCGUCAGGCUUUAGACCGCUGCCGUAGUGCUCCCCAGCUGUGUCUGUGUUUACUUCAGUUGGAAAAGGCCAUUGCUUGGGAGAGAUCUGUGACUAAAGUGACCUGCCAAGUUUGCAAGAAGGGAGACAAUGAUGAGUGCCUGCUGCUGUGCGACGGCUGCGAUCGUGGCUGCCACAUGUACUGCUUGCGGCCUAAAAUCACCCAGAUUCCAGAGGGAGACUGGUUUUGUCCCACUUGUGUCGCUAAGGAUGAAGACGAUUCACUGCGCUUGUCCAAAAAGCGCACCAGGGUGAAGAAGAGACGUUACGAAGACGACAGCUCCGAGGACGAGGUGACAACACGACGCAGUGGCGGAAUGACGACACGGCACAAAGACGUGACGACACCUCCCUCAUCUUCUCGUCACUCCGGAGAAGGAAGCAGCGCUAAACGGCGCCGCAUGACAACACGCAACCAACCCGACCUCACCUUCUGCGAGAUCAUUCUAAUGGAGAUGGAGGCUCAUGCAGACGCCUGGCCAUUCCUUGAACCUGUCAAUCCCCGACUGGUGCCAGGUUACCGCCGAAUCAUCAAGAACCCCAUGGACUUCCUCACCAUGAGAGAAAGACUGUUACAAGGAGGGUACCUCAGCUGCGAGGAAUUUGCAGCAGAUGCUCAGUUGGUCUUCAACAACUGUGAGCUCUUCAAUGAAGACACGUCAGAGGUGGGAAUGGCAGGACAUUCGAUGAGGCGUUUCUUUGAGAGCCGCUGGGCGGAGUUCUACUCAAAUAAGGAGAAAUAGGAGCCUACGACGAUCCCCGCUGAUGGUGGGGCUGUAGACUGUUGGUGCUUUCACCGUCCCAGUCACACACUCUCCAUUACUGCUAAGACUGUCUGGAGUUUCUUCCAGCUAUGUGUAUUCUCUGUAAAGGUAUAUAUGUAUAGAUUUUGGCUAUUUGUCUGUUAUUGUUUCCUCUACCGGCCUAACCUUUUUCUAAGGGCCCAAAGCUGAACUGGGUUGAACUUGUACCCAUUCCCCAUCGCAGAUAGCGAGAACGAGUCUCUGUUCACCUUCCAUUGUUCCGUGUCUCCGCAUCUUCACCUCAGCACCUCAUUUUUGUUAGCGUUCUCCUGUCAUGUCCUUUCACGUGAGCCCCAUGUCGUAGCAAGGCCUUUGGUCAAGCCCCGCUGUGGGUUGAUGACGCGGUCUCAGGCCCUGAGUAUUUUGGCCCUCAGACUCACCCUGAAGGUCAGGGACCGAUCACACUAUUGCAGCCAUCAUGCUGGAUACUGGACCUGCUUAGCCACCACUCAAUGACUAAACGUAUCGAAACUCUUCAGAGCUUGGGCCAUUUCUUACCUGUUCAUUGGAAAUGUAAUGUAACGUGGUCUUAUGCCUAGAAGUAAUUUUUUUGCUCAAUAUAUUUUUAUUAUAUAUUCUAUAUAUAAAUAUAUAUAAAGAUUACAAUAGCUGGGAUUAUUUAAUAGCAAUAGCUUGUAGUGAAUGUGUACAGAUUACCUUAUAGAGAUGUCUAGAUGAUUUAUGAAAAGGCCAGUUAAACUAAAAGGAAUCUGUUUCUGGACUGUCAUGAGUAGACGUUGUAUAACCUCCACUUAAAGUCUUGCACGCACACGUGAAACACUUUUCCACCACCACACACAAACAUGCACACAGUCCCACACAAACACACAGACACACACCCAUCUCCUGCUGCUGUGUGAAAGACACUGGUUUCCGGAACUGGAGGAUUUUUAGUGUUGGUCGGUCAGUCGUAGACUAUUUAUUUCACUUUCCUGUGUGAUAAGAGUAAAUAUUCAGCUAGCUACACCUGAUCUGUGUCUCUGACUGUGUGCAACCAAAAGGAUGGCACUGUAAUUUUAAGCACUUAUUAAAUAGUCCGUUUGCGAGAACACACAAUGAAAGUUUGCUUUUACACUGUAAUCAAGAUUGACAGGAGUGUAUUAAAGCUUCAGACCUGCAGUUCUCUCACACACACACGUUUUUCUGUAGCUCGUCUGACCACACGAACACCUCUGAAAGGCUACAGUAGGCUAAAAUCCUCUCUUUUUAAAGACUAGAAUUGCAAAGGAGCUGACGAUGAAGUGCUGGGCACAGUGCUGCCUGGGUUUCAACCUUACAUUCCUUUUAUUGAUACAUAUUUUUUGUGCUGUACACGGGCCAAUGUACAAUGUUGCACGGCAUGGUUGGUGUGCUAUGAAGGCGACAGGAUGACUCCACAGUCUGGGUUUUAUUUAAACUUGUUUCUUACACUGAACUCAACACCGCUGAUAGGAAAUAAACGUGGAUGUUCCCUAUUACACUUAAAGGGACAGUGGGGUUUUUUUUGUUUUUUUUUCAAAAAACAACAAAAAAAAGGACAAAAACCAAAUGUGGUGUUAAGUGACUUUUUAAUAAUGUACAGUUUUGGUGACUUUAAAUUUGUUCCUUUAUAUUUUUAGGACCAAUUCAUCAUUUUUAAGAGGAGGUAUUACAAGACUCUGUUGUAUUAAGGUGAUGUAACACGUGUGCAUCUGUAGAAUGUACUGUGAGUUGAAUAAAGAACCACAUCUAGUAGAAAGUA